GUUCUGGAGCAGCCGGCCAGCGCGGGGCACUGGGCAGCCCGCAGGGAGGGUAUCGUCCUCGGCGGCGGCGGCGGCUCGCAGGCGAGCGGGGCGGCGCGGAGGGCGCGGGGCAGCUUCGUCGCUGGCCAGCGCCGCCUCGCACUCGCGCGCCGUAUCUCACAACGGAGCCACGACCGAACGACCGACACUCACGCCCGGUGUCGUAUUACGCUCUAAAUAUAUCUCGCGAGCGCGAUCGCCUAUUUGGAAACCGUCGCGCGCCGUGUUUUGAACCAGUGAUUGACAGUGCCGAGUGAAGAAUUUUCUGAUCGACGUAGUAUUCGCCGCCGACAUGGCACAGUUACUGACUGUGCGUUUGAACAAGUCUGAUCAGCAGCCCCUGGGCUUCAGGCUGCAGGGCGGCAAGGAUUUCGGAACGCCACUUGUGGUUCAAAAGGUCAAUGGUGGUAGCGCAGCAGAACGCGCAGGGCUGCAGGCUGGAGAUGCGCUGAUUCGUGUGAACAACACUGAAGUAUACACUUUGCGUCAUCAGGAAGCACAAGAUACGAUCAGAGCAGCUGGCCCCAUGCUGGAACUCACUGUGCAGCGAGGUGGUGGUACUUGGAAGCCAUCGGUGACUCCGACCGGCAGUCUGCCGCGACCUGGCUCUCGGCCGCUGGGCGCCAACCCAAGUCCCGUUACCAAUACAUCUCUCAAAGCAACAUCACAACCUUCCCGCGCUUUUGGAUCUGGACACAAUAGUGUCGCCAAACCUUUUGGUUAUAUGAACGGCACUGACUCUGUAAAAGGCAUCGUGAAUAAGCAAUACAAUACUCCUGUCAAUAUGUACAGCGACAAAACUAUCGCCGAAACGCUUUCUGCACAAACUGAAGUUUUGGCUGGAGGCGUACUCGGAGUAAAUUUUAAGAAAAACGAAAAAACCUAUGAUGCCGAGAAGAGCGCUGUGUUCAAAGUUCUACAAGAAGAACAAAACGAUCCCGAACCAGCUGAAGCGCCAUCUGCCCCUGCCGUCACAACGCCGACGAGCGGGUUGAGGCACGUCGCGGCGCCCGUCAGCAAGCCCGACGCGCCGCUCAACAAUACGGGCGGCCUGCCGGUCGGACAGAACAUUUGUGAGGAGUGCGAACGCCUCAUAACUGGCGUCUUCGUGCGUAUAAAGGACAAGAACCUGCACGUUGAGUGUUUCAAGUGUUCUACUUGUGGUACGUCCCUCAAGAACCAGGGUUACUACAACUUGAAUGGGAAACUGUACUGUGACAUCCACGCUAAGUUAGUGGCUCGUCAGAAUCCACCAGCCGCGAACAUGGAACCAGUAACUGUGCCACCUGGUGGUCGCAUUCCAACAAACACGUAUACAACGCCUCUCCCUCCAUUGUCAACUGGAAAUUACACCAAUGGUUCUUCGUCAUUAUUUAGCCCAUCGAGCAACUUGUCCGGGCCGAAGCCGUUUGGCUCGUCCAUAGGCUCGGCGUACUCGCCGUCGCUUUCACCGCGCUCAGCGCCGAUGUCGCCCGCGCGCCCGGUGGCCGCGCCCGCGCCCGCCCCCGCGCCCAUGCCCGCACCCUCCGCGCCCCUCACGGCUCCCUUCGCACCGAAGGCACCUGUUUCAAUGUAUAAAGCCAAGAAUGUAAAAAGCAUUGUGUGGCCCCCACCGAAUCCUCCAGAAGACGAAACACCUUUGACAAACUUUUCAGAAAAUGUUUCUAGUAAACAUUUAGGAGAAACGACCUUCGUUUCCUCUGAAAGUAUGUCAAAUAAAGCUACUGCUGAAUCUAAAGUAGCCAAAGAGCAACUUUCAUCAGAUGACAAUAUUUCACGAGGAUCACCACCUCGAAGUCGUCCUUCGACUCCAAGUCUUAUAAAUAAACCUGCGCCAAUAAUACCACAUUAUCAAAUGAAUUUAGCUACUGUGGAACAUUAUGCGCCGGAAAGUCAUGUUUAUCAGCCCUCUGGUGGGGAAGGUAGCCGUACACCAACUCCUAAGCCAAGGCCUCGAACACCUUCCCAGGGUCCAACAUUCAAAGCUCAGGCUCCUCGUAUAAAAGACAAUGCCCCUCAAUCUUACUCAAACCAAAAUCAGCCUUUUUCACACCAACUACCCUCAACAUUUCAACAAGAGCUAAAUUUAACUCAAACUAAUAUGUGUAGUAAUGAAGUAAAAAAUCCAUUAGUAAAAGAAGAACAGCGCUCAAAUGUUGAACGCCAAUCUGAAAAUUACAAAGAAGGAAAUAUGUCCAUAAAAAAAGAUAGCAUGAUGAAUCAGAAUUAUGGACAGAGACAGAUGGAAACACAGAAUGUUGCUGAGUAUGGUAACACGACGGUGCAAACAACCAGAAAAACAUUUGAAGAAUAUGAACAAAUACAGUCAGCUAAAAUGAUAGAAAUUAAAAAAGGUGCUUCAUUGUCUUCUGAUUCAUAUCAACCUGUCGAAGCUUUAGUUCGCCCAUCUGCUAUUAACUCUAAAAAACCUUCUUCUGCCAUGAGUUUUACUCCUACUACACAAAGUUUUUCUUCUAAUCUUACUAAUGAAAAUGUGGAUACCACUAGACAAACUCAUAAAGCAGCGUUUGAAAUGAGUCCUUCUAUUUCUGGUGCUAACCGUGAUCCGGUGUGUGAUCCUACCCCGUCAACAGGUUCCAGUGUAGGGGCUGCCGCUCGUGGCAAAACAUUUGGCGUGUCAUCGGCUCCUAAACGAGGGAGGGGAGUUUUGAACAAAGCUGUACUACCUGGCUCUCGCGUUCCUCUUUGCGCUUCUUGCAACGGGAACAUUAGGGGUCCAUUCAUAACGGCUUUGGGCCGUAUUUGGUGUCCGGAGCACUUCAUCUGCGUCAAUGCUACGUGCCGUCGCCCCUUGCAAGAUAUCGGUUUCGUUGAAGAGAAUGGUCAAUUGUAUUGCGAAUUCUGUUUCGAACAAUAUAUUGCACCAUCGUGUAAUAAGUGCCACGCAAAAAUCAAGGGGGAUUGCCUUAAUGCUAUCGGAAAACACUUCCAUCCCGAGUGUUUCAGCUGCGUUUAUUGCGGCAAACUUUUUGGAAACAAUCCAUUCUUUUUAGAAGACGGUCUACCAUAUUGUGAAGCAGACUGGAACGAGUUAUUCACGACUAAAUGUUUCGCAUGCGGUUUCCCCGUGGAGGCGGGCGACAGGUGGGUCGAGGCGCUCAACAAUAACUACCACAGUCAGUGCUUCAACUGCACGGUCUGCAAAAAGAAUCUCGAAGGACAGAGUUUCUUCGCCAAGGGAGGACGACCUUUCUGUAAGAUUCACGCCCGCUAAAAGUCCACCAAAAAUAAUUUAUAACUCUGAUACUGUUUAUUCGACUGUUACUUUUCGCCCAGUCUCUCUUUCUCCUCCUAAGCCAUCUCUAAAUACUAGUCCACCACAAAGGACCAGGAAAUUGGAAACACCCCUCCACUUUGAUGGAGGGCUGUUUUCCGAUAUUAGAAGUACGGAUGGAAAACUAUUGAGUAAAGUAACUGUAGACCAUGUCCACAGCACUACAAAACACGAUGUGACAGAUUCGCCUAAUUUGUCUGAAAGCUUUGGACCUGAAGGCAAUAUAGCCAUUAUUGACGAUAUUAUCAAAACUGAAACGAUUGUUAAUGAGGAUGUGAUAAAAGUUAAAUUUACUCCUAUUCCUCCUGAAAUUGAUUCAAUUUCAAGACUAUCGCCUUUCUUUAAAAACAGAUCUCUGACUCCAAUAAAUUUUAUAAAAAAUGAUUAUGAUGACCUUACAAGUUACCAAAUUGUCAAUACAUUGUGCAAAGAAAUGCAUCUACUGCAUCCAACUGAUGGGAAAAUUAUUGAAAACGAAUCAAAUCAGAAUGAGCUAAAGUUAAUUCAGCGGGAACAUAGUCCAUUAGCUAACACAGAAAUACCAAUAAAACUGACAAACAUAGACUGUUACUUAGAAGAAACUCUAAAUAGAUUAUCUGAAACUAAGGAUAAUACUUGUAUGGAAAAUUUGGAUGUAGAAAGAGAGACAGUAAUUAAAGAUGCCCAUAAAAGACUUGGUCAAGAUAAAAUCCUAGAAGAGAGAAAUAUUAAAGAUACGACGGGUAAGAAUGAAGAUCAAACUGAAGAUGUAUGGAGGUCAUCUUGUACAACUUAUUCUGCUUCUGCUGAAGAUAUGUUUGAAAUAAAGUCAAAAUUGAACAGUGUCGA